UCCCCCUCUGCUUCACUCCCGGCAGGACACGUGACGGAGCGGUUGGUGCAGCGACGGAGGGUAGCCGGUGUCUGUGGAGGAGGAGGGGAGAACCCUGUUCGUACGAUCAUGGAUCUGAAAUGGCUUUUUUGCUUGACCUACCUGGUUAUUGGUGCUGUGAUGAUAAAUGCUCAUGAUGGGCAUCACCAUGGCCACCACCAUCAUGAACAUGACCACGACCACGACCAUGAUGAUGGACUAGACAUAGAAGAUGACAUAGAUGAUCUCCUUGAUGAUCCCGAAGAGCCAGAACCAGAAACCAGUACUCCACCCCCUGCUCCUAAGGUAACUUACAAAAUGCCGGUCCCAAUUGGUGAAGUCUAUGUUGCAGAGUCAUUUGACAAGGGAACGUUGGAUGGGUGGGUUCUUUCUAAGGCCAAGAAGGAUGACACAGAUGAUGAGAUUGCUAAAUAUGAUGGCAAAUGGGAAGUGGUGGAGAUGAAAGAGACUAAACUCCCCGGGGACAAAGGACUUCUGCUGGCGUCACGUGCCAAACAUCAUGCAGUUGCCAUCAAGCUUAAAAAGCCCUUCGUCUUUGAUAAAAAGCCUUUGAUUAUGCAGUAUGAAGUAAAUUUUCAGAGUGGAAUAGAAUGUGGAGGAGCAUAUGUGAAGCUACUGUCCAAAACCUCGGAUCAGAACCUAGAUCAUUUCCAUGAUAAGACACCUUACACCAUCAUGUUUGGUCCUGACAAGUGUGGUGAGGAUUACAAACUGCACUUUAUCUUCCGUCACAAGAACCCCAAGACUGGAGAGUAUGAAGAGAAGCAUGCAAAGAAACCAGAUGCAGACCUGAAAUCCUUUUUCACAGACAAGAAAACCCAUCUUUAUACUUUAAUACUGAAUCCAGAUAACACAUUUGAGGUCCUGGUUGACCAAACUGUUGUAAACCGUGGCAGCCUACUUACUGAUGUGAAUCCCACCGUCAACCCACCUAGUGAAAUUGAGGAUCCUGAUGACAGGAAGCCUGAAGAUUGGGAUGAGAGACCAAAAAUACCUGAUCCUGAUGCUGUCAAGCCUGAUGACUGGGAUGAAGAUGCUCCCUCAAAGAUCCCAGAUGACAACGCAGUAAAACCAGAAGGAUGGUUGGAUGAUGAACCAGAGUACAUUGGUGACCCUGAUGCUGAAAAGCCUGAAGACUGGGAUGAAGAUAUGGAUGGUGAAUGGGAGGCACCACAGGUGGCAAACCCCAAAUGUGCAUCUGCUCCUGGCUGCGGAGUGUGGCAAAGGCCAACAAUUGACAACCCUAACUACAAAGGAAAAUGGAAGGCACCAAUGAUCGAUAACCCCAAUUACCUGGGUAUCUGGAAACCACGCAAAAUCCCCAAUCCAGAUUACUUUGAGGACCUGGAACCAUUCAAGAUGACUCCAUUCUAUGCUAUGGGUCUGGAAUUGUGGUCUAUGACUUCUGAUAUUUUCUUUGACAACUUUAUCAUAUGCUCAGACAGAGCUGUGGCUGAUCAGUGGGGAAAUGAUGGCUGGGGUCUGAAGAAAGCAGCUGACGGUGCUGCUGAGCCAAGUGUUGUUGGGCAGAUGAUGGCAGCAGCUGAAGAAAGACCAUGGUUGUGGAUAGUCUACAUUCUGACUGUGGCUUUGCCAGUCUUCCUAGUUAUCCUGUUCUGCUGUUCAGGCAAGAAGCAAACACCAGAUGCAAGCCACAAAAAGACUGAUGCCCCACAACCUGAUAUAGAGGAGGAGGAGGAGGAGGAGGAAAAAGAGACCAACAAGGAGGAUAAAGAUGAGGCUGCUGAAGAGCAGGCUGAAGAGCAGGCUGAAGAGCAAGCACCUGAAGAAGGGGAGGGAGAUGCUGGGCAUGGAAGUAACGAAGAAGAGGAAGAGGAAGAUGAUGAAGAGAAGGAAAGCAAACCUCAGGAGGAUGAUAUAAUGCGACGAUCCCCAAGAAAUCGAAAAUCUAGAAGAGAUUAAAAGAUGUGUGGGGGGAAAAAAAUCUACCUACGAACUUGAAUUAUUUGGCAAAUUUAAUAUAAAAACCUUGCAAUUUAUGCAGAGUUGCAACAAUAUGACCACCCUGGUUUUCCGUGUGCUAAAGCCACAAGAUGUGUUACCAGCACAUCACAGACGAAAACUCAGCGCGUCUGCAACUGUGGCAAAGUAAAUCCAUGAUUUUUGUGUUUAACCUUAGUUGACCUCUCUGUGGGGAUAUGCAGUGUAUGAUGAACUAACUGUAUUGUUUCUUUGGGUUUAAAGAUCGCUUAAAAAAAGAACAAUAUAGUAUUGCCAAACUCUUCCAAAUGUCAGUGUAUAAAAUGUAUUAAUCCUAGGGAGAAAAAAAUUAUGAAAAACUUUAGGAAAUAUUGAUGGCCAUUAAAAGCAGAGGUUCUCUACUUUUUAAGAGCUUGUCUGGUGCUCUGUCCACUAAUGUUAGAACUCACUCCCCUUCAGUUGUCCCUUUUUUUUUAUCUGUUCCACGUAUCCUUAUUAAAAGUACUCCCUAAAUGUGCAGUACAUGCUGAUUGGGUUCUAGAAGGCAUGUUUCUACCAUGAUUUCAUGCAUGCUGCCUUUGGGUUCUGUUAAGCCGCUUGCACUGUCUCAUAAAAGUUAGCCUUAUGGACCAAAAUAUAAAAAAACAGAAACCCAUAAAGUUGUCCAUAAGCCGGUUCAAGAUCUCCUCCCUUCCCUGUGUGAGGGUGCGCAUAUGUAAAUAUAAAUAUAUACAUACAGUAGAUUUGCUUUGUGUGCUUUCAUCGUCUUUCCUUUUUUAUAGUGACUUUACACUGUUCCUUUAAAGUAUAGGUUAACUUAAAAAAAUAAAUUAAAAAAAAAAAAGACUUCAUUAGGUUCUUGAACUGUUUCCUGCAG